AUGGAAUUGAUGCUUCAACAUAAAGAAAUAGUACCAGAACUGAAUAUUCCCCCAAUCUUAGAAAUUAGCAGACUUUUCUUCGAUUACAUAAUUGUGAAAUGGAAUUUUUGCAAGUUUCAUAUUGAUGAGCUCGAUGAAGCGACAUUUACAGAUAAGUACAUGUUGAUCAAAAUUGAAACAUUGAUAGACAAGCAAGAAAAUAUUACUUAUGACGUUAAAUUCGAGCCAACAGUGGAACGUGUUUCUAUCUCUAAGGUGACUAGCAAAUAUUAUACUAAGGGAGGUUUCGAGCUCAAAGAGGAUCGCAUCAAAGCUGGGAAGACAAUGGUCUUGGCAAUUUACAAGGCUGUCAAGGCCUACCCGUUUAAAAGUCCUGACGCUUAUUUCUAG